AUGAGCGCUACCGAUGCGAAAGAGGUCGCCAGAGGAGCUGGUAAGGAGGACCCCUUCGAGAAAUUUCUCGAAGAGAACCAAAAACUCUUCGCGCAGUUCGCAAAAACCAGCUACGAAAUCAAGCUCGGUGGAGCUGCUCAUGAAGUCAGGAAGGCCAUGGAGGCCGAUGGGUGCCCAAGAGAGAACUUUGGUAGCUUCACGAUCCUCGGCGAAAUUGGCGCAGGCUUUUCCGCGGCAAGGUUCAAAGCACUCUUCAAAGACAAGACGCCAUAUAUGCUCAAAGUACUUGACAAAAUCCUUCUACAGAAAAACGACACCUUGAUAUAUCUGGCGUUCCAAGAGAAGAGACUCGGUCACGCAGUCGACCAUCCUUUCCUCAUGAAGGUGAUGUGCGCAUUCCAAGACCCUAAUAAUCUAUACCUCGUCUCGGAGUUCGCACCGAAAGGCGAUCUCGAAACGAAUUUCAAGUCGAUAGCCAACGCUGCGUCCGAGAAGAUCAUCAAACUGAUAGCGGCUCAACUCAUUCUGGCUCUCGAGUACUUGCACGCUUGUCUCUUCUUGCAUAACGACUUGAAGAUGAGGAACGUGUUUUUCUUCCGGAAUGGUUACCUGAAAGUGGGCGAACUGGGAUCCGCCAAACAGACCUACGAUCCGCAAAGCUUUGGCGUACCUGUGCCGAAGAGCAUUACGCUUCAGACUCAGCUGCAGUACGAGGCGGACUGGUGGGAUUUCUCGCUUAUAGUCCACAGGCUGUUGAUGGGUAGACCGCCGAAUCUGACUGGUCACGGCAAGUUGAAGGAGUCUUUCUUCGACCCCGAACACCACGCGACGGGCUUUCCGAAAUUACAACUCAAAGAGGACGCAAAAGAUCUUCUAAAUAAUCUGUUUCACAAACACGAACACCGACGACUCGGCUUGAAGGGAGGGAGCGCUUCAGCCCUCAAGGAACACGCGUGGUUCAAGGACAUUGAUUUCGUUGCCUUGUACCACAAAAAGGUUUCGAUGAUUCAUAUCCUCCCGUUCCUGAAAGAUGUCACAGUCGAACCAUCGAAUGAUGUUCCCCGAAAUUCCAUACCCGCAAAGCAGGAACUGUUCGAGGGAUUUUAA